CCAUCACCCCCCAAUGUCAUAGCAAAGGCAGCCUCUCUCUCUCUCUCUCUCUCACUCUCUGUCUGUCUGUCUGUUUGUACCGAAGCCCCAGACUGAUCUGAUCCCGGCGUCAGGAGCACAUGAUGCGGGCAGCGAGGCUCCGGGCGGCCGCCGCGGUGCUGCUGGCUCUGCUGGCCGCGGUGCGAGUCUCUCGGGCGGAGAUGAUCGAUGAGGUCCUGAGCAGCCUCUCCAGAGGAGCGACCUUCCUGGAGCAGCAGCACGAGCACAUCAACCUGGACGGGGUGGUCGGGUUCCUCAUGAUGCAGGCUGAGCUGAAGGAAGCUGUUCGGACAUGGCCUCACACAGACCUGGUCAGCUGGGCUCAGAGAACCACCGCCGUCGAGCUGGUCAGACGUCUCGACCAAAGCCUCAACAAGGCCGUCGUCGCCCUGCAGCGAAACGACCCCAAGUACUACAGAGAGUUUGAGCCCCUGCUUUCGUGGAGUUUCUGGUUGAUUCCUCAGGAGUGGAGCUCCACAGAUCCCAGCCUGGUCUACUCCUCCACCAUGACCACAGAGUGUUACGACGAACAGCUCAGUGACAAAUGUCUGACCCUGCUGCUGGGAACCUGGAAGAUAAACGGGACGCCCUGCAUCGUCACCAAACCCUGUCGUGACACCAUGACUCGCUUCGGUUGUCCACAUUACUCCUUGUCCCACCAGCUGCUCUACUUCAUGAUUGGAAAAAUGAGAGGCUGCACCAACCUGCUGAAAGGCGACAUGCGAGCGUCCCGGGUCAACAUGACCGAGCGCAACUACGAGAAGAUCUUCUGCUCCAACAUGAUGAAGACCAACGAGGACAUCAUCAGAGACGGUCUGACCGAACAGACGGUCGACAUCUUCAUUGAAAAUAUCCUGAUCUGUGGAUUGGUUGGUUUCUCCGACUUCUACAAAGUCGAUUGGCUGCAGCACAUCCUCAGGCUGCAGGACGACGAGGUCGGCUGCUUCGGGAGAGACAAGAGCAUCGUCUCUCAGAUCAUCGGAGACGAGUUGCUGGAGCAGCUGCAGCCACACAGGAGAGUGAAGAGGAGAGAGAAGAUACUUCAAGACGGCUGCUCCAGUCACAUGACGGCGGUGGCGGUGGGCGCUCUGGGAGGUUACCUGAACUAUUACCUGACAGAACAGGACAUUACGAAGAGGCCGCUCUCCUGAACACACACACACACACACACUGAGCCUUAGGCUCCUCCCCCCGCUGUCACAUGAGCUUAGCGCUGUAGAAGGACGUUAAAAACCGUCCACAGAUGAUGAAACUUUUAAGACAUUUUCUUCCAUGCUGCUCAUGGACACCAGGCGGCGCCGUCGUCGUCUUCUUAGCGAUGACUCAUCACAUCAAAAUCACGAGUCACGCUUCACGCUGCGUUCCAUUUACAUCAGAAGUCAGAAAUCCCGACUUCGGAGUACAACUGGAACGCAGCGUAACCUCCGACAUUGCUAGACGUUAGCCCCGCCCACAAACAGAGCGUUUGUGCGAGUGUGGCAAAACUGGAGCGUCGUUGUUUGACACAGCAAAGAAAAAAAAAACAAUGCUUUUGUCCAAAAAUAAUCUUUAUUGUCUUUAAAUGAUGUUUCUCUUCACACAACUAAAUAAAAACUUCUAUUAUCAUGUGUUUAAAGUUUAACAGAAUAAACACGACUAAUGAAACUGA